UGGUAGCUGAAGACACUGGAGUGCUGCUAUCACGUACACUGCUGACUAAUUUUGCCACAAAGACUCUGGUGAGAGUUUCCGAUGCGAGUGCCAUCUGUGUAGGCGAAUACGCACUCGAAAGGGUGUCGCAUCGGUCUGUGAACUUUGACGUGCAGGUGACGGCUAUCAGUGAGUGUGUGGCGAAUGCCUAUGAGCGCAACCAAGAGUGGGCCAAAGCAGCAGCCAUGCUCAAACGGAUCGCUCUGGAUACGACUCAUAGGCACAUGACUGUGGCGCAGAGGCUGCAGAUGUUCCUGCGUGUUACCAGUCUGUACCUGAAAGAGAACGACAUAGCCAUGGCUGAGGAUGCCAUCAACCGUGCAGCUAUGAUAGCGCCAGACGGCACCAGUGCUACUAAAGACCCCGCCUUUACCACCGUACAACCAGGCCACUCACUCUCCUUGGAGAUGCUAUAUAUGGUAGGUGUAUCUAUGGCAGGAGUAUCUAUGGGAGGUGUAUCUAUGUUAGGUGUAUCUAUGGGAGGUGUAUCUAUGUUAGGUGUAUCUAUGGUAGGUGUAUCUAUGGCAGGUGUAGCUAGAGCUAUUAAAUACCCCGCCUUUACCACCGUAUAA